AUGAACAACACAACACCCUUCUGGGAGCCAGACUGGAAGCGGGUUCAGGCCCCGCUCUCAGCUCUUCGCCGUCAACUUGCCUCUUUCCCCUCACCGCCACUGCGCAUCAUGAAAGUCAGCCAGCUGGAUGCAGAAUUGCUCGAUGAGGAACUCCUCGAGACCAUGAAGGAGCAACUCUGGAGUGCUUUCGCCCUCUUUAAGCCUUCGUUCAAGGAGACCUUCAAGCCCGAGAUGACCCUCGCUCUGAACUUGAUCAUGUACAAGUUCUCGGUCUACGAUAUGGGCGCCACUUACGGAUCACAGCUGCAGAACCUAAUUUACAGAAACGAACGCAAGCACAGUGGAGGAUUGCAAUCGACUUCAUCGGACGCCUCAUUGACAAAGACACAAAAGAUUACAUACGGAGUCGUCACCGUCGGAGGGCAGUAUCUCAUGGAGCGGUUGAACCGAGUAGUGACAGCACAAGGAUGGGGCGAGCUGCCCGAGGAUAACAUCAAGAGGAAGGCAUGGAAUGUCCUCCAAAAGGGAGGAAGCAUUUUCCGGAUAGUGUCUCUUAUCAACUUUUUGGCUUUUUUGUACGCCGGAAAGUACCGGACUGUACUCGAGCGUGCCUUGUCCAUGCGGCUCGUCUAUUCAGAGCGCAAUUCGAACCGCCAGGCUAGUUUUGAAUUCUUGAACCGGCAGAUGGAAUUCCUUAUGUUCUUGAUGCCUUUGAUCAACGUGUCAAAGCUGAAGAGAAACGUCAAGAGGAUGCUUUUGCCAGCGGCAUUGAUGUCCGGCAACGAGCUUUCAGCUCUCCCCGUCCAUAUCUGUGCCGUCUGCCACGAGAACAACAGCGCAUCUGCCACACCAGGAACACUCACGUCAACAGUCAUUCACAACCCCUACAUCACCGACUGUGGACACGUUUACUGCUACUACUGUAUCAAGACCAAGAUGAUGAUCGAUGACGAAUGGUGCUGUCUUCGCUGUGGAAAGAAGGUCGAUGCGAUCGCACGGCAUAUCGAAGUGGCUCCCGACAAGGCUCUUGAGGAGAAGACCGAAGACGAGCACGAACAACCUGAACAAGAGGCAGACGAGGCAGACGAGGCAGACUCUGAAGAUUAG